CGCGUAGUCAGUGGCUUGGAAUCUCAAUCGGAAAUUUCCGCAAGCUUCUCCCCCAAGCUCCUUUCCCAGAAAGUUUGAAUUCUGAGUUCUGGAGUAACCAACUGCGAUCUUCGCCACCCACGAUGAGUCAAACGGUCGAUAUCCCUCAAUCUCUCAAGGUUUUUCUCUUCAUCUCUGUAGGACUCGCUUCGGAAGUUCCGGUUUGCGAGGCGAAAGCCGGGCUCCGGCCAUGCAGCACUCUUAAAGUAAAUAAGAAAACGUUGCAAAUGGAGGAAGAAGACAACUAUGACAACAUCCCCUUGGAGGACCUUGCUGAAGAGCUUCCAGAGAACGCACCUCGAUAUGUGGUAUUGUCAUAUGAACUAUCUCACCCAGAUGGCAGGACUUCAUACCCCCUUGUGCUUAUCAAUUGGGCCCCUGCUACGGCUGAAACUGGUUCGCUGACACUGCAUGCGUCCGCUCUCAUUCCUUUCCAGAAUGCAUCGGAUGUCACCAGGGUCAUCGAAGUACGCGAGAACGUAGAAGAGUCCUUGACUACGGAAGCCCUCGAUAAACAACUCCUUCCAAAGCAUUGAAGGACUCCACCGA